CACUCGGAAAAACGCAGUAAUGAGCUUUGGGUUUAGCGUUGGCGACUUUCUGGCGGUGAUUAGACUGGUCAACAAGAUCAGGAAAGACUUCGUUGGCGCUCCAAGCCAGUUUAGGGACAUAUCUAAUGUGCUCCGGAGCCUUUCUAUUGUUCUCAACGAUGCUGAAGUAACGGUAUCCGAACACGAACUUAAUCCUUAAGAAGAAGCAGAUUUCCGAAAUGUUCUUGAUGGUUGUCAAUGUACUCUUCGCAAGCUGGAACACACAAUAGACAAGUAUAUCGUGCUGGACUCAUAGCAAACGAGCAUCGGUGGUAAGCUGAAAAGAGCAUGGAAGCGACUAUCUAUGGAGCCAGAGGACAUUCGCGAUCUUCGGAGUGAUAUCAACAUCAAUAUUGAUCUACUCACCGCACUAACCGGGCGGCUUACUCGGGACAACACCUUCAAAUUAGUGCGGUACCAAGAAGACAAGGAGAAGCAAGCCAUCCUUGACUGGUUAACACCAAAUGACUACUCUCCUCAGCAGAACGACUUCCUCAAGCAGUGGCAAGCUGGAUCUGGAAAAUGGCUUCUAGACUCGGCGAAAUUCAAACACUGGUUAGAGACUAAGAAGCAGACACUGUUUUGCCCAGGUAUACCAGGAGCUGGGAAGACAAUAAUCACAUCAAUUGUAGUAGAAGAGCUUUCUUCGCGCUUCCAAGACAAAAGCAACAACGGCAUUGCAUACAUAUACUGCAACUUCAAGCGGCAAGACGAGCAAACGUUAGAAGACUUACUCGCAAGCGUACUGAAGCAGCUAGCUCAAGCAAAAUCUUCUCUCCCAGAAACUGUCAGGUCUCUCCAUGACCGGUGUAAAUCUAUGAAGGCCCGGCCUUCGAUAGAUGACAUCUCAAUGGCCCUUCAUUCGGUGGCUGCUGAAUUUUCUCGAGUCUUCAUCGUUGUCGAUGCGCUGGACGAAUGUCGAGUCAAUGACAGUUGCCGAGCGAAGCUACUCUCACAACUCUCACAAUUUCAGACCAGUUGUGAAGCGAAUAUUUUUGCAACAUCAAGAUUUAUUCCGGAGAUCACAGAGAGAUUUGAACGAGACACAUGGUUGGAGGUCCGCGCCAGCAAACAAGACAUCCAGAGAUAUGUAGAAAGACAUAUCGAUGAACUACCGCGUUUUGUCGGACGUGAUCCGGAUCUACAGCAGGAAAUUAGCUCUGAGAUCGUCAAAGCUGUCGAUGGCAUGGAUGUAGCUUCUUACACCCUUCUUGAAGAUCUAACUAACUGUAAUAGGUUUCUGCUUGCACAACUUCAUCUGAACUCCUUGAAAGGAAAAAGAUCCCGAACGGCUAUUCGAGAUACUCUGAAGAGAUUGCCCACCGGCACGGAAUCAUACAAUUGUGCAUAUUCUGAUGCUAUGAUGAGAAUAGAAGGGCAGCUACCGGAUGAAGCAACGCUUGCGAAGGAAGCUCUGUCAUGGAUCACUUGCGCAAAGAGACCACUGACCACCACAGAGCUUCAGCAUGCUCUUGCUGUCAAAGUCAGCCAAGCAGAAUUCGAUAAAGACAACAAAUCAGAUAUCGAGGAUAUUGUUUCAGUAUGUGCUGGACUAGUCACUGUUGACGAAGAAAGUGGCAUUAUUCGCUUAGUGCAUUACACAACGCAAGAAUACUUCGAACAGACGCAAAAGGACUGGUUUCCAACCGCAGAAUUCGACAUCACGACGAUCUGUUUAACUUAUCUCUCAUUCGCAGUCUUUGGAAGCGGACCUUGCGACACAGACUCUAGCUUUGAGGAGCGGCUACAACUGAACCCAUUGUACGACUAUGCUGCGCACUACUGGGGUCACCAUGCCUGUCAGGUCCGUAGUCCACAUUCGAAAGUCAUCGAAUUUUUCCAUCACGAAAUGAAUAUGGAAGCAGCAUCUCAAGCAAUGCAAGUCCGCAAGUAUUUCUCAUGUCAAGAUCAGUAUAGUCAACUUUUUCCGAGGCGAACAACAGGACUGCAUUUAUGUGCAUAUUUCGGAAUUACAGACGUAGCUGCGGCAAUUAUCGAUUUUGUAGACCUCGACUCGAGGGAUGAAUACGGCCGGACGCCGCUAAGUUGGGCGGCUUGGAACGGGCACGAAGGCGUAGUUUAGCUACUGCUGGAUACGAGCAAGGUUAAGGUCGACUCAUGGAAUGGAUACGUCCAGACGCCGCUAUCAUAGGCCGCUCUACGCGGACACGAAGGGGUAGUCAAACUACUGCAGUCAGCUAUUGUUUCGUAGCUCAUUGUUCACUUGAAAUAUAUCAACCACCUCCCCACCCGCCGCCUUACAAGGCAGCGUUCCUCAU